AAAAAUCUGUUGACCCCUUUGUCUUGAGGAAAGAUUCAUUCAAAUAUAAAGGAAGGCAUCAAGGGAACUCAGUCAUUCUGACCUGCGCCGUCAUGAAUGCGCUCAUCACCCUCUGUCUCUGCGCCUUAGCCGCAAAUAUUGCCGGGACAUUUGCUCAAAGAAGCGAGGAUAAGGACUGCCCGGGACCUUUGAAGUUUUACAGAGAGAUCGGAUGCAAUCCUGUGUACGACUCCUCUGACGAUAAAUGUGCGGCUAAAUUCGAGUGUAAGAGUAUCGAUAAUCGUUCACCAGACAAGUGCUACUUUGGUGGCAAGGAGACCAACGUUGGGGAGGGACUUUCUGAUGAGGAUAGAGCCCCGUGCGAUCACUGCACUUGUGCCAAAAGGGGAAAUCAUGCAGGAUUUGUUUGUGCGAUCGUCGACUGCUACCACCCGAAUCCUCGCCCAGGAUGCUAUCAACAGCGAAACGCGACCCAGUGCUGCCCUGGGUUCACUUUAAUAUGUCCUAACGAUCCACGAGACAUCCCCACGUGCGAAGUUGAUGGUAAGGUUUACAAGGACGGAGAGUACUUCCAACCCUCCUCGGAGCCGAACAAAAGGUGCUUCUGCGGUCCCGGAUAUAAAGGACAAAAUAUCGCUCCAUUCUGUAUCUCCAAGGCGAGGGUUGAAUGUCGGACUGAACUCCGAUAUAGUCGAGAAGUUGCUGGAAGAUGUGCUCCUGUGUACGAAGCCGAUCAAUCACCUCAGACGUCUUGCACUACAAAAUUCCGAUGUCAAACACCGAACGAUAGGGUCUUACGCAUAGACGGCCCCAAACCCGAAGGCGUCUCAUGUAAAUUCGGCGAUCUGUCCAUGAAUUAUGGUGACGAGCUCAGCAUCGGUGAUGACGCGAAUGCAAAAUGUGUCAAGUGCCGCUGCGAGGUAUCACCUACACCCACGUGUCAACGUCUACCGCGAGACAAGUGCCAAUGAUUAUGUUCUGAGACUGUCAAAAAUCAUGUUCACAAUUUUUUAAUGCGUCGGCUGAUUAAUUGUAAAGGGGAUUAUGGAUGAAAUAAAAUUACUGAGUGGGACAUAA